UUUUUCUUUUUUUUUUUUUACUAUUCUUCAUAAAGGAUACCCCUUAUAUAUGCUUUACGGGGAAUACAGUAGAUAGGAUUCGAUAGUAAGAAGAAAUAAAACAUUGUCGAAUGUCGUGAAAUAAGUUUCUCCGAGCAUGAAAUGAUCGUAUUAAUUCGCUGGUUCACUUUCGCACCUACAUACUUGACUCUCCAAUUAAAGAGACGUAACUUUCUUCGCGUUAAAAAAAGAAAGAAAAAAAAAAAGGAAAUGAAGAAUCACAGAGUUUUCGCUGUGUAUAAUUAAUAAUCUUUAUAAAUAAUGAUUAUGCUUAAUGAUUAAUUUCGAAAGACUUAACGUGACGUAUGUACCUGUAAAAAAAUAAAAGGAUCGACACUUCAUCUUUGAUAUAGUAUUUGAAGUAAUCCUUUUCGUUUCUUAUGUCGGUCAAGAUUUUAAUCGAAAAACAGGAUUCCAGAAACGAAUAUUUCUAUCAUUCACUUUUCGCAUAAUCGUCCGUGAAACGUCCAAGUUCUUGAAAUUCCGUGAACCGGAAAUUAUAUCUGAAAACGAAUAGAUUAAAUAUUUACACAUAAACGUAUGUACAUAUAAUCCAUCGUUUUGCACGAGUUCUUCAGCACUUCAGUAAGUACGGAAAAGAAAAAGAGAAAGAAAAUCUAUAGGGGUACCGUGCGAGGUUAUAGAAACAUAUUUACUUUGUCAUUUCUUUUAAUGCCUAGCAAAUAUGCCUAAGCUAAAGUCGAGAUUCCAGUUAGUCAGACUACCUGUCUUUACAUUUACUAACUUUCCAAUUACCAUGACAGAUUAUAGCAAAACAGUUGCGCGACGAACGAUGCUAGGAAAGAUGUUAAAAAAAUGGCCUAACAACGUAGUCGAACAUUGUUUUAACGUAAAUUUAUUUUAGGCCUUUUGGAUAAUCAUUUGGGAUAACGAUUAAUUGGGAUAACGAUAAGACGCAGAGAAAAUCAAUAGGAAAAGAGGAAAGGAUCAAUGAGGUAGAGAGAGAGAGAGAGAGAGAGAGAGAGAGAGAGGGAGACUUUACGCGCUGUGAAUUUUCUCACAGUCGUAAACGUCGCAAAAUCAACAAUCCAAAGUCAAGACGGCAGACGCCUAUAGAUCCUAUCAAUAAUCAAGGAUUUCGAUCAAACGCAAUUCGAUCGAGUAGAAUAGCGUAGGAUUUAAUGCAAUUCAAUUCUAUAUCAAUGGAAACGAGAAGAAAGGGAGAAACGAGUGCAUGAGUAACGACAGCUACUCGAGCGUUAAGUUCCUUCGGGAUAUGGUCUAAAAUCGGUCUCGGCUUAAACGAGAGCAGUAAAUCGUCGCGCUUUUUCAGAAGAGACAAGGCGCUCCCUCGUCUAUCUCUCUGUUUUUCGAGGAGAUGCCGAACAUAGUUCGAAUACGUUGGCCCCUUCAUCGUACAUAUCCACUUUGAUUUGUUUCUUCAACAAAUUUGUCUCUUCAAAUUCUUUUCAUAUCGCAACCAUCGGGUAUGUAAUAAAAAAAGAAGAAGAAGAAGAAGAAUAAUAAUAAAGGGAAAAUACAGGUCGUCGGCAUCUUGGAAAAUUUUUUCAAAAGCGACGUCGCCCUUCCCCCUCCCCUUAUCCCCCUUUUGCGACGGAAGGGAAAAUAAUAAGAAGAAGAGCGUUUCCAAGAAAGCGAACGCCUUCUCGGUAUAAUUACCACGACUGCGUUUACAUAUUGGCUCGGUUACUGGCGGCGUGGGUGUUAGGAGAGCAUAUGUGUAAACAGUAAUAAAACAUGUUAGUCGUGAGCCUCCUGGACCGAUCCGGAGGUGCGUCCACCUCCUCCUGAUCGUCAGCGAACACCAAACGAGAACGUUCCUUGGAAAGCUGCCGAUGGGCGGGGCUGGUCCAGCCUCUAAGAUCUCUCCCUGUCAAAUUAAAGACCCUAAAGAGCUUAGAAGUAUCAGCUUGACGAGCCGGAGAUUGCGGAAAACGCAGUCUCGCGCUAGCGACGUGCUGGCACGUCGAGUUCUACGACGUUCUCCGACGUUCUCCGACGUUCUUCGACGUCCGUCGACGCGCGCUCGAUGUACAAGAGAUAUAUAUAUAUCAAGCUAUCAAUGAUGGAACCAAAUGGGAAUUAUCAUCGAGAACCCUUUUUAUCGGCGAGGAAUCACAGAUUCCUCGAAUUGUCUGGCAGGAACGAUAUUUGGACCAGAGAGAUCUUACCAACCAUCUGUAGUUUACCAACCGAAUAUUAUAAUAUCACCGGAGUCCCAGAAAUGUUCAGAUUGGAGACUAAUCGAGCGUCAACCACGACGAGCAUGAACAGCCCUCGUCAUCAUCUCUCCUGUUGGGCCUUACCUCUGAUCGGUUACAAAGUAAAUUCCUCGCCUCGUUACGAGAAACCACCUUAUUCUUACAUAGCUCUGAUAGCCAUGGCCAUCAAUUCAUCGCCGAAACAAAGACUGACUCUGUCCGGUAUUUACAAGUUCAUCAUGGAGAGGUUUCCUUAUUACAGGGAAAAUCGACAGGGCUGGCAGAAUAGUAUUAGACACAAUUUAAGUUUGAACGAUUGCUUCGUCAAAGUACCACGUGACAAGAGUAAUCCCGACGAGGACGAGGAACAUGGUGCAGCUGGUAAAGGCAGUUAUUGGUGUCUCGAUCCGUCCGCCAACGAAAUGUUCGAGCAUGGUAAUUACAGACGUAGGAGAACUCGUAAACAGCGAGCAUUUUUACAGAGCAAAGAUGAAUCGCGAAGAUCACUGUUGCAACUUAUAGAAGACGAUCGAGGAAAGAUCGAGAGAUGGUGCGAAAUUGGAAGCAGAGAUAACGAUCUACAGAAGGAGAAGGAAAUUGAUUACGCGAGUGGUUCGGAACGUUGCGUUAAAUCGAGCAUGUUCACGAUCGAUAAUAUCUUACGAAAGACAGCGCCCGAGGCUAAAAGUUAAACUUCUAUUCCUUGUAAAUCCUCCAUUAAUUUUCUCUUAUUUCUAUUUAUUCGAGAGAGAGAGAGAGAGAGAGAGAGGGAACGCGUUCCAUUUCUUCGAUCGUAGCGUUGCUCUUCCUCUUCUUGUAUAUACAAAGGCUAAAAUGUAUAACAAAGCUAGCAUACAGUAUACAAUACGUUACAUUGUAAUUACAUAUAUUAGGUACAAAUUAAACUACGACGUGAAAGCCAAUUAUACUUUGGUGGAAGACAAUUAAUAAAAUGGUGAUAAACAGCAUAUCUUCUACCAUUUGUGCGUACAUACAGGUUGUAUGUAAAGCUUUCAUAAAAAAUAGCCUAUGUUUAUGUAAAGGCCUCGCAAAAAGCCUUCACCUCUAUCAAAUCGAUUUAUAAAAACGACCAUCAUCGGUUCCAUGCAUCCACGCAACCACGCAAACAUAUGCAUUCGCGACUCAUACAAAAUUUGAUAAAAGAGAAAGCGUUUUUCCUAUCAAAUGAAUGUUUGUGUAUCUUAUAUUACGUAGAUUCUAUAUAAAAACUAUGUACUUCGUAUAUAAACAAUUCGUUCCUGCUAGUUAGUUUGUUGUACAAUUUGUUGUAAUACUUGGAAAAGAAUCCUAUAAAUUUCUUACCUUACAAUUUGAAUAUUCUUACUUCGUAGAAAUGCAGUAGUAAUGUGUGUGAUACCGGCGUGUGGAUUAUUUAUAUUAUAUCUAACUAUUGCAUAUAUUUCACAAUAUGCAAAUAUAUAGGACGUUUUUCAUACCUUUAUGUAAUUAUCUAGAUUAAAAUAAAAUGACACUAAGCAUUCGGA